ACAUAUAUAAAUACCGGAUACGAGUGGGCAUGGCCACCUCCACCACCAUUUCGCUCCUCUUCCCCUUCCUCCUCCCCUCAUCUCCCGCUGGAUGAGUUGGGCGGAAUCGGCGGGCGGAAGAAAAAGCAAGCUUUGAAGCCGAGGAUUCCAGUGCUUCUUGUUGCUGAAUCCUACCAUCUCUUCUAGCCUUUUCGCCUGAUGCGCCAGCUUCAGAUCGAGAUUGCCACAGUCGAAGAUUAAAGACGUCUAAUUUGCAGAAAAGAGAAUGCAGCAUUCAGAUCCUGGUAAGCUGUUCAUCGGCGGGAUUUCUUGGAGCACCAACGAGGGCAGUCUCGUGGAGUAUUUCAAAAAUUAUGGUGAGGUGGAGGAGGUUGCGAUCAUGAAGGACAGGAACACUGGCCGUGCUCGUGGUUUUGGGUUCAUUGUGUUCUCAGACCCAGCCGUAGCGGAGCGAGUUGUCAUGGAAAAACACAUGAUCGAUGGAAGAAUGGUUGAGGCAAAGAAAGCUGUUCCAAAGGAUGAUCAACAGAUACUUAGUAGAUACACUACUAGUGCCCAUGGUUCUCCAGGUCCUGGGCGUACCAAGAAAAUAUUUGUUGGUGGUCUACCAUCUACUAUAGCAGAGAGUGAAUUCAAGAAAUACUUCGAUCAGUUUGGAACAAUUACUGAUGUUGUCGUGAUGUAUGAUCACAACACCCAAAGGUCUCGUGGAUUUGGUUUCAUCGCCUAUGACUCAGUGAAUGCUGUGGAUAAGGUGCUUUUUAAAACUUUUCAUGAGCUGAAUGGUAAGACUGUUGAGGUCAAGAGAGCUGUCCCCAAAGAACUAUCCACAGGACCAAAAAUGCGCUCUCCUAUCCAGGGAUAUAACUAUGGCCUGAAUAGAACAAACAACUUUGCUAAUGGAUUUACACAGAGAUAUAAUCCAAGCUUGUUUGGUGGCUAUGGGAUGAGAAUGGAUAGUAGACUGGGUCUUCCUAGUAGUGCAAGGAAUGGCUUCCCUUCGUGCAAUCUUAAUUUUGGUAUGGGUAUGAAUUUGGAGCCAGAUAUGAUGUCAAGCGUCGGAGGGAAUUCCAGUUUUGGCAACAAUAUGGGGUAUGGGCAUGGUCUGGGCCCUUAUUACAGUGGGAAUUCCACUAGGUUCAACAGUCCUAUUAUUUAUAAUGGGGGCAAUGUGAACACCAGUUUUGUUUUUAGCUCAAUUCCUCGUAAUGCAUGGGAUAGUGGAAGUCUUACUUAUACUUUAGACUCUGCAAGGUCCAAUGCCUGUAUGCCUCUUGGCAAUGGGUAUCUUAGUGGAUUGAGCAACAACAAUCUGAUAAAUUGGGGUGGUACUGCUCCUAUCUCAUCUCAGGUUGGGGGGAACAUGUCAAGUUAUGCUGAUGGGAAUCUCAGUCAUAGAGGCACAAACAACAAUUUUGAUCUAGGUGGUGGAGGGAUUGGAAGGAACAAUAUUUCCAAUGCUUUGAAAAUUUCCCACACUGCAUCAAGUGGUGGAUUUGAAGAAACCUAUCCAGAACUCUAUGAUGAAAAUUCACUUUAUGGAGAUCCAACUUGGCGAUCAUCAUCUUCUGAUCUUGAAGGUGUUAGUUCAUUUGAACAUGCACUUGAUAAUGUGCCUUCGGAUAUCAUAGCUAAGGGCUCUGGAGGUUACAUGGGUAAUUAUAACAUCACCAAUAGACAACCGAAUAGAGGAAUUGAUAUGCUAAGAUUUAAGACCAUCAAUAGACGAACAACUAUGUAGUGAUGAGAAGCAUGUCUUUGGAAGAUCAGGAAAGUGUUUGGAAAGAAGGGGAAAAAAAAGAUUUACGAAAUUCAAAAUAAAUGCCAUGGCCCAAGGUUUGGAAUUAGAGUUUCUUCCUUCCGCAUGUCAAUUAGGUUUUGGUUCUUCAUGUUUGAUUGAGAUGCAAUCUUGUUGCUGGAUGCAUGUAGAUUUUUUUUCAGAUCUAUGCAACUGAUGUUGCAAAUAGACACCCAGACGGAGUAUUAGUUCUAAAGAAAAAAGAAAAAACAAGAAACUAAUUUUCAGGUAUUUCAAUCUU